AUGUCUUCUAGCCAUGAUAAUACUGGCCUGCAAUAUUAUGAUCUGCAAAACUUCACCUUUCAAAACGGAGUGACUCUCCCAAAUGUACGAAUUGCCUAUCGAGACUUCAACCCCACCAGCCAAAAGACAGCUGUGAUACACACAUGCUUCCUCGGCCGAAUCAACAACACAUUGAACUUUAAAACAGGAGUACUGAAGACCUACCGAGUAAUUGUGAUUGCACUGUUUGGUAAUGGCGAAUCCUCAAGUCCUUCCACCCAGACAGACUUCCCCAGUGUCCUAGACUACCAAGAUUGCGUGAAAGCCCAGUAUAAACUGAUCACGGAGCACCUCAAACUCCUAUCACUGGAUGUAAUGCUCGGAUUCUCCAUGGGAGGACAAUGCACCUACCACUGGACAGCCAUGUACCCGGAAGUGGUGAAGAACGCAGUGAUUAUAUGCUCAUCGGCCAAAACAAGUCUACAUAACCGGCAAUUCCUAGAGGGACCGAAAGCCGCACUUGAGAAUUCAGUCGACUACAAUAGUGAAUCAUGGACUGUUCACAAGCAACCUCCACUUAGAGGACUGCAUGCAUUUGCCAGGGCAUACUCCGCAUGGCUCACGAGUGCGGAAUGGUUUGAAGAGCAGCUAUUCCAGAAGGGGGGCUUCAACACUUUGGGCGAAUGGUCUGAGAGUCGCGAGCUUAUGUAUGAUAGUUGGCAUCCCGAGAACCUACUUGUCAUGGCUAGAAUGUGGCAACGGUCGGAUAUCGGGUUAUCUGUCCCAGAUCGUGACGGCGUUCGUAUCGAUGAAGCUCUGAGCAGCUUGAAAAGUAGGGUUCUUCUCAUGCCUUGUCAGACGGAUCAAUACUUCAAGUGGGAGGCUAGUGAGAAGGAGGCAUCCUUCUUGAAAUAUGGGCAGUUGGCUGUGAUACCCUCCAUUUGGGGGCAUGUUGCUGGAGGAGGUGGCAACCCAGGGGACAUUGAAUGGAUGGAUCGCAGGAUUGACGAGUUCUUGAAUUAA